GUCAUAAGAUUUCUUCGAGGAACCAGUCAAAGCAUCACUCAGGUAGUAAAGGGGCAGAUCCGAGGAGCAGAUACGAGCGACUGUUGGGCUGCUCAGCGCGCACCCCUCUCCAUCGACUCCUCGCUCCCCUAACCUCGACUCUUCCUGGAAAUCAUGGUGGCUAAAAGCAGAAAACAGACCGGGAAGAGUCCGGCGACCCAGACUGACCGCGACAGGAGCCCGCUUGUUUCGCCCCCUUGCAAAAGUAACGUUAGGCGACCAGGCAGGGAGGGCAAAGCUUUUAACAGCCAGCAUCCCAACGGGCUUUCAGGCAUCAGACACAAGCUCGGGCUAACUCCCUCCGCAGCCCUGAAGCUGGGAACCACUCUUCUCCUCGCUGCUCUGGCUGGAUAUCUGCACUGGUAUCAUCUCUCCCAACUCUUUGAGAAUGACAGGCACUUUUCACACCUGUCUAACCUGGAGAAGGAAAUGGCUUUUCGAACAGAAAUGGGUCUGUACUAUUCCUACUACAAAACCAUUAUUGAGGCGCCUUCUUUCCUCAACGGCCUCCACAUGGUCAUGAACGACAAUCUGACCGAGUAUCCCCUGGUUAUCAACACACUGAAGAGAUUCAAUCUCUAUCCAGAGGUGGUCCUGGCCAGCUGGUACCGGAUGUACACAGGUGUAAUGGGUUACUUUGGGAUUCCCACAAAGAUGUGCUGGUCCAUCAACAGAGGGGAGGGACUCACUCCUGUGGACAGCUGUGAAGGGAUGGGUGAUCCAGCAUAUUUCUACGUGGCCUGUGUGUUCCUGCUGAACGGCUUGAUGAUGAGCCUGUUCUGCGGUUACGGUGCUUACCUCAGUGGCAGUCGACUGGGCGGUAUUGUUACCACACUGUGUUUUUUCUUCAAUCAUGGUGAGAGCACUCGAGUGAUGUGGACGCCGCCCCUCAGGGAGAGCUUUGCCUACCCCUUCCUGGUCCUACAGAUGCUUCUUCUCACUUACAUCCUACGGACCCGGAGCCCGAGCAGGACAGCCAUGGUCGCCCUGGGCAUCUCCAAUUUGUGCUUUAUGCUGCCUUGGCAGUUUGCCCAGUUUGUGCUGCUCACUCAGGUGGCGUCUCUGUUUGCAUCGUACAUCCUGGGUUACCUCGCCGCCACCAAAAUGCAGUCCAUCCUAGUCACUCAUAUGAUCACACUCGGCGUCUGCUUUAUCCUGAUGUUUGGUAACUCCAUGCUCCUCACGUCCUUCUACGCCUCCUCGCUUGUCUCCAUCUGGGUGAUCAUCGCAUUGAGGGAUCGAUUUGCUCAAAUAUUCAAACCUGGUAUCGUCAUCUGGGUACGAAGAGGUCUGGCUUGGGUCGGCUCCACAGUUUUGCUGAAAUUCCUGCUGUCCACAGUCCCUCGGUCCUCUGAUGAUGCACACAUCAGCGGACUAAUCAAAUCCAAGUUCACGAGCUACAACGACUUCCACACUCUGAUGUACACAUGUGCUGCCGAGUUUGACUUCAUGGAGUUAGAGACCCCUCUGCGAUACCUCAAAACGUUGCUGCUGCCCAUCAACGUGCUGGUGGUCGCUCUCAUUGCGGCAGGGUAAACUGUCCAGGAUAUAGUCCGGACCCUGCGGCAUGGAGGGAACGCAUCUGUAAAGACCGAGGAUGUCGAUGAAGCUACAGGGUCUGAAAUAGCAGCAAAAGGAGAGCUUGUGUAUCACAGCCUGCAGCUGGUAGCGUUUGCUGUCCUGGCCAUCCUCAUCAUGCGGCUGAAGCUCUUCCUGACACCCCACAUGUGCAUCAUGGCUUCGCUUAUCUGCUCCAGACAGUUGUUUAGCUGGAUCGGGGAGAAGUUUAAGCACCAGGUUACUGUUGUUGUCAUAAUGGCCAUCAUGGCAGUACAAGGAGUGGCCAACCUGCAGGCCCAGUGGGCGAUCAUUGGAGAGUUCAGCAACCUGCCACAGGAGGAGCUGCUGGACUGGAUCCAGGACAACACCCGUCCAAAUGCUGUGUUUGCUGGUGCCAUGCCCACCAUGGCCAGCGUGAAGCUUUCCACAGGUCGGCCCAUCGUCAACCACCCACACUACGAAGACGCUGGUCUGAGGGACAGAACCAAGCUGGUCUACUCCAUGUACAGCCGAAUGUCUGGAGAAACUGUAAAGAAGAACCUGAUGAAGCUGGGCGUGGAUUUCUUCGUCCUUGAGGAUUCUUGGUGCACAAGGCGAACCAGGCCUGGAUGCAGCAUGCCAGAGAUUUGGGACAUUGAGGAUCCCCAAGAUGUUGGUAAAAUUCCCCUCUGCACUCACAUGUCCAGGAACUCACGACCCCACUUCACUACAGUCUUUUCCAAUGACAUUUACAAAGUCCUAAAAGUCCCCAAAGUCACCAAAGACCUCAGAUAACAUCGCUGGAUGGACUUGGCUCAGCACCAAACUUGUUUCCACCAUUUCUUUUCCUUUAUAUUUUUGGUCACUCACUGUUGUUGCUGCUUUUUACUUCCUAAAACUCAAACCCUUGUAGUUCCACUUUUUAAAUUAUUGUUGUUCUGAUUCGCUGAGCGACGGACUAAAAACAAGUUCGACAUGCCAAAACAGUAUGCCAUGAGUUUAACCACUCUUGGUGGCCUCACAGUUCUCAGUAUUUGUAACUUAAAGUCUCUUGCCAACAUUUUUAUUGCUGCAUCUUUGUCAACCAGCAGCGUUCUCAUUUUGCUCUUGGUGGUGCCCUAGUAAAAGUCCAAAGGUGUUGUAGCUCUUGUUUUAGCUUGUUACAGCGGUUGUGUUAAUGAGUUUCCUUAUUUUAAGGGAAGCUGUUUUUACAUCUGUUUUUUUUGUUUUUUUUUACUGCUUACAAUGAUUUUCUUUGACUUUCACUUCAGAAGUAAACUUUAUUUGGAAGGACCAAUCAGUGAUGUCCACAUACUGUGAAGCAAUACCUUUGCAAACUCUAUUGUUAUGCACAGUGUUGAUCUCUGAAGAGAUUUCUUUCAGUAGUACACUAUUUGUAUAAUUUAUUUGUGUGAGCAUUUUUAUGCAACUUCAAGCUGUUGCGCUGUUUUCUUUGAAGAUCAUGGUGUUUUAGGAGUCUUGGCAAUCGCAGGGGAAAACUGUUCAUGUUUGGAAGCUUUUCAAAAUCUUUUUAAAACAUGUCGUUCAGCAUCUGUGUCUAGUCUGAAUUCACUCGAAGACUUUAGCAGAAAUUUAACGUAGUAGAAGAGCUUUUGUUCUUAGUUGAGUUUAGUUAUAAUUAGUUUAAAAUAUAGUUUUUAAUGGCCAAACUUUGUAAACAAAAACAGUAGAUUACUCAAAACUGCCCUGUUACAACUUUUUUGUAAAUACCCAAACUGUUGUUUUGUAAAAUGCUCAUGUACAGCCUUUGAAAGGUUCCUCGUGCUUUUUGGAUCAUUGUUUAUUGCCAAAGGAAGUCUUGUUAUUAAUAUUCAGGGUACUGUAGCACAUGAAAGAUGUAGUUUUAGUGAUUAAGAACCAUCAACUUGUGAGUUCUGUGACAGCCAAUCUGAACUACUCGUAGCAGUGAAGUUUAUGUAAGUGGUAGCAGUUGUGGGUUCCUUCGUCGGUCCACAAUAAACAUUUUAUGAAAUGCACUCAUUCAGUUCGCUCUGAGAGUCAGAUGAGAAGGUUGAUUCCACUCUCAUUUCUGUACAGUGCAGUAAGUAUGUAGCUACAGUCUGGAUAUGAUUAGCUUACCUUAGCACAGAAAAAGACAAAAGAGGGAUGCCUCACUAAUUCAAGGUAAAUUUGUGGUUUUUGCGUGCACGUGGCAUUCAAGUGUCAGAAGAGUCACCUGGGAUGCAUGUCGUUCUGUUUAAACAGUGUUCCACAAGCUUGGUCCUGUUUUGGUUAAACUCCUGCACACACUAUUUUCACUUUUGACGUUUUCAUGUCGUCCAGUCAAACCUAUCAAACAAAGCUGCUCUUCUUCUUGCUGUCAGAAGUCUGACCGAUAUGUGUAUAGGAGCUGAUCUGCUGUUGAUGUGAGUCCACCGCUGUCCCUGAACUGUUAACUCCAGACAAGUCACUUCAUGUGUUUACUUUAGUAUUUUUAUUGUUGGGCUAAUUGCAGCUGUGCUUUGAGUCUUUUGUUGCCUUCAAAUGGAACUUGUGAUUGCACAUGGGAAGUACACAAUGUUUUGGAUUUUAUUUACGUUUUUCUCAGAUAUUCUGAAAUUGAAUGAAAUAACUUAAGUCACAACUCAUAAGCUCUGAGCUUUCAGAAAAAUUCUUAUUUUGAGGUUGUGACAAGAGCACAGUUUGUGCUAAGCUAUGCCAGCUGCCCAGCAAUUGUGACUUCACAUAUGGAUGAUCGAUCUUGUCAUCUUAGAAAACAACUACGCAUGGUUCCAAAAAUCACAGACUAUUCCUCUAAGUGCAGUUUUGUAAGUGUGUUGUUUGUACUGCACAGUUCAAAUGAGAUCAUUGAAGAAAAAUCUAUUGAGGAACAGAUAUGUUUGUCACAUCAGUCACUUGUACUGUCAGAAAGUGUCUUUUACACCCACUGUGGGUUCAAAUAGCAGUGGCACCACAGCGGCAUAUUGUGUUGUUGCUUUGUCUCCGUAUAAUCAAGCUGACUGGAUAUUUUAAGCUUUUAAGUUAAAUCAUGUGCAUACUUUUUUUUCACCUGCCUUGCUUUGCUUCUAAAGCUUGGAACUACUUUUUCAGAAUGAGGGCUGCUUUAAAAAAAAAAAAAAGCAAAACGAAUCAGCACACAUUAGGUUUGUGGUACAGUACCUGUAACAGUUGUUUGUCUUUGCAAGAAAUAGUUUGACAUUUUGGGAAAUGCACCUUAUUACUCUCACUGAGAGUUAGAUAAGAAAAACUGCUACAUGCCUGUACUUUAAAUAUAAAAAUUAGAUUAGCCUAAAAACUGGCUCUGUCAGGCUACUUCAAAAAUACACCUGCAGGCACCUCUAAAAGUGUGAAGUGGUGGUUUUUAUGGGAAAUUAUGUGCUGGACUAUUUCUGGCUGAGAACAGUCAUCAUGUGAUCACAAGUCCAUGUGCCUGCAAAACUACAAUUUUAGAUUGUAGAGUCAGGCUGGCUGUUUCCCUUUGUAUUUCAGUAUUAAUGCUAAGCUAAUCUUUUAUCUUACUGGCUAUAGCUGUUUGUAUUUAACAGACAGACAUGAGUGGCUUGGAUCUUCUGAAAAUGUCAAACUACCGACACGUGCGUGGCAACAGGAGCGACUCUUCCACCAGAUGUUUGGCAGUUCAGAGUUUUCUGUUGCAUGUUUCCUCUUCCAACAUGUUCCUCAUAUUCAUUUGUAACAACUUAUCAAACAUUUUGUGAAAGAACUUCUCUUGGGUUUAAGGUAUUUUUUCCAUAGUUACCCAUAGAACUAAUUGAAUCCUCACACUUUGGGGUAAAUUACUUCAUUAAAUGGGCUUGUAGAUGAGAUUAAGGAACUAAUUAGAUUAGUGAGGUGAAAAAGGUGCGUUCAUAAUUCCAAAAGAUCUUCUGUGCUGAGAUAAAGUGUGCAAGAGCGAGCGGUUGAACAAGUCAUGCAGUCCAGCUGAUUUCAGAGCUGUUCUUCUCGGUUGUGGCUCAGUUUGCAAGUGAUCUUGUAGGUGCCCGUUUUUAAGGAGUGGUGCUGUUGUUAGACCUCCACAAACACUUUGACAUAUACAGUUUAUUCCUGUUGCGGGCCUUGGUGUGUUCCAGAUGUCUUUUAUAAUAUUUGUCUAUUUUGUCUGUAUUUAAAAAAAAUAAAGUAUUUGCCAUGA